CAUUGCAAUGGUUCGAUGAAUGAAGUUGUAUAAACAAAAUUUACAAGAUAAGAAAAGGGUAUUCGUUUUGUUUGGCAUUUUCCUUGAAGGCUAACCCCAAAAGGGAAAAUAAUUAAGGAAAGUAGGGAAACAAAAAGGUUUUGGCGUCUCCUUUCGGUUAUUAUUAUUAUCAUUAUUAUUUGUUCUUGAAAGAUUUUUAGUCUAUUCGAUGAAAUGAGAAGAAAAAUAAGCGAAUGGGGUAAUGUUUGGAGGAGCAACGAAAAUGAGAAGGGCUGUUUAUGCCAUUUGUUUUGUGAUAUUGGUUUGCAAUUUGGCAAUGGGGAGCUCAGAAGGUAAAAGGAACACACCUGACAAUGAAAGCAGCAGAACAACAUCUCCCAAGAUAAAUGAAAAAAUGGCAGAGGAGGCAUGGAAUCAUUGCACAAAGGAGAUGGAAGAAAAAAGGGAUGCCAUUAAAGAUUUUGACAUGUAUAUACCACAAGCAAGCGAUGACUUGACUUCGGCAUUAUUAGCAAAACAAAGCAUGCACAAAGCUAUUGAUAUUUUGCCUCCUCAAGUGAGAGACGGGGUUCUUGAUUGCUUAAGAAAGAAUGGACUUAUCUUUUGUGCUUCUGACCCAGAAGUUAGCUCAAGCUAUCUAAGGUCGCAUCCAACUGAAGGCGCAUUACAUUAUUCACUUCAUGUAUCGAAAAAGGUUUCUGGUUCACGUUCACCGGGUAAAAAGGGUAAAAAGGGUAAAAGGAAGAGUCUCAUGACAGCUAUUAUUGCUAUUGUUGCAACUGCAGUUGCAACAUUUGUUCUUGUUGCAGUGAUCUUCUUUUGUUGUCUGAGGAAAAAUAGCGAACCAAAGGAAGAAAAACCCCUUCUGCACUUGAAUGAUUACUUGAGUGAAAAUUCUUCACAGAAGUCUAUUAAGUUAGUAAGUUUGGACAACAAAGAACUUAGUACUAGCAGCAGCUGCAAGAUCCCUGCUUCUGCUUCUGCUUCUGCUUCUGAUACUAACUUGACCACAAAGCAAGAUGACGGCGCACUUCCAAAACCACCAGGAUCAGAUGCAACUGUUGGAGCAGGCCUAAAACCUCCUCCUGGGAGACCAGCUCCUCCUCCUCCAGCACCACCUCCUGCGGCACCACCUCCCAAAGCAGCACCACCACCUCCUCCUCCUCGUGCUGCUGCCCCCCCACCUCCACCAGGUGCCCGUCCUCCCCCUAUGCCACCAAAAUCAAAAGCCGCUGCACCCCUUGGAGGACGUAAACAACGUAGUGCUUCUGGUGAUGAUGCGGACUCUGCACAAAAAGCCAAGUUAAAACCAUUUUUCUGGGACAAGGUUAAGGCUGAUUCAGGUCAAUCGAUGGUUUGGCAUGAGAUCCGUGGUGGAUCAUUCCAGUUCAAUGAGGAGAUGAUAGAGACUUUAUUUGGUUAUCAAGCAGCUAAUAACAAGAAUAACGAGAAGAAGGAAAAAGCAGCAGAACCUGCUGUCCAGUACAUUCAAAUUAUUGAUGCUAGGAAAGCGCAAAAUUUGUCUAUUCUUCUGCGUGCACUAAAUGUCACAACACAGGAAGUUGUUGAUGCUCUCCAAGAAGGAUAUAGGCUUCCUGGAGAGCUCCUUCAAACAUUGAAAAAGAUGACGCCAACACAAGAUGAGGAACUGAAGCUUAGAUUAUUCGCAGGAGAUAUUAAUCAACUUGGCCCUGCCGAGAGGUUCCUCAAAACCGUGGUUGAAAUACCUUUUGCCUUCAAACGAAUUGAUGCCUUGAUGUUCAUGAGUACUUUCCCAGAGGAAGUCGCUAGCCUUAAAGAAUCCUUUGCAACUCUUGAGGUAGCUUGCACCAAGCUCAAAAAUAGUAGAUUAUUCCUAAAACUACUGGAAGCAGUGCUUAAAACCGGUAAUCGCAUGAAUGAUGGUACCUACCGUGGUGGUGCACAUGCAUUCAAGCUUGACACACUCUUGAAACUAUCUGAUGUAAAGGGAACAGAUGGUAAGACCACGCUUCUCCACUUUGUCGUUCAGGAGAUCAUGCGUUACGAAGGCAUAAAAUGUGUUCGCCAACAAAAUUCAAGCCAGAGCCAGAGCCUUGGCAGUUUCAAGGGGGUGGACUUUGUUGAAGAUAAUGACCAAGACAAUGAGGAUCAUUAUCGCAGUCUUGGUCUUGAAGUGGUUUCAGGUGUAACCACUGAACUUGAAGAUGUUAGGAAGGCUUCUGCAAUUGAUGCUGAUGCCCUGACAUCUACAGUGGCUAAACUCGAGGGUGGUUUGAGAAAAACUAAGGAGUUUUUGGAUUCAGAUAUGAAGGAAACCGAAUCGGAGACUCAAUUUUAUCUUUCAAUGACUUGUUUUGUCGAUGCUGCAGAAUCUGAUAUUAAAAUUCUAUCAGAGGAAGAGAAAAGGAUAAUGGAGCACAUCAAGAGUGCAGCAGACUAUUUUCAUGGCCAGGCAGGAACGAAGGAAGGCUUGCGUUUGUUUGCAAUUGUGCGGGAUUUCUUGACAAUGUUAGAUAAGGUUUGUAAAGAAAUUAGAGACACCAGAGCUAAGCAGAAAGCCCAGCAAGCCAAGGAAGCCAAAAAAGAGGGUGCGACGGUGACAGAGAACCGACCAUCAUCUGCUUCGGAGCCUCCUCCACCAUCCCCGGAUAUACGUAAACGACUAUUUCCGGCAAUGGCCGGUCAGCGGAUGAAUGAUUCCAGUUCAGAUGAAGAAAGCUUCUCUCCUUAGCUGUAAAUUUAGAAAGGUAAAUGAAAAUUUUCAAUUGGGAACAUGUUAUCCUUCUCUUUUUUCUUAUGGUUAUAUAGUUUGGCUUGCGGUAACUGGUGUACAAGAUCAAUGAUUAUAGAUUGAAGCAAAUUUGAUUGCCAUAGACAUGCAACUUUUGUUA